GAAAGCCGGAAGUAAACAUUACGAGAUUACCCGAGCUUCUGUCGGAUGGACUUGAGGUCGGCUUCUGUGGGACUGGAGACGGGGUUUCACCAUGUUGCCCAGGCUGGUCUUGAACUCCUGAGCUCAGGCAGUCUGCCCACCUCGGCCUCCCAAAGUGCUGUGAUUAUAGGCGUCAGCCACUGCUCCCAGCCUAUUCACUGAUUCUUAACUGAGGAUGUGCAUACAUAUUUGAAGCCGAAUGGAAGGAGGUAGUGGUAGUGAGAUGCCCUUUCCAGGGUUACAAAAUGCGCUAGAUUUGUUUGUAGCAUACGUUAUUGAAAACAAGUUAGGCCAUACCUGUAAUUCACCAAUAAAUAACUUGUCUAAGCUCAAAUUUCCCGCAUAUAAUUUACUAGCAAAUCAUUUAUUCCAAGACUUUAGCUAUGAGUUGCUAGCUUUAAGUUGAACUAUAUCCUGUCUUGGCUUACUUCUAAUUGGCAUGCUGCAGGCUAUAUCUUGGCAUGUACAAAAUAGCAUGUGAUGACAAAAUAGCAUGUGAUAUGGCUUUAUUUUAAUUCAGUUAGCCAGUAGUUUUUAAUGUGUGGGUUGUAUUUUACUCCCAAAGCAAAAUUCUGUGGCAUCUCUGGAAUACUACCUGAGAAUUUUUGUGUGCCAUGUCGAAGAAACGCAAAUGGGAUGAUGACUAUGUUCGCUACUGGUUCACCUGUACAACAGAAGUUGAUGGAACUCAGCGCCCACAGUGUGUGUUGUGUAACUCAGUAUUUUCAAAUGCUGAUCUCAGACCAUCAAAACUGUCAGACCAUUUUAACAGACAGCAUGGUGGUAUAGCUGGGCAUGAUGUCAGUAGCCUGAAGCAUAUGCCCACACCAUCUGAUCAGAGUGAAACCUUGAAAGCAUUUGGAGUUGCAUCUCAUGAGGAUACUUUAUUACAAGCAUCAUAUCAAUUUGCGUAUUUAUGUGCCAAGGAGAAGAAUCCUCAUACAAUAGCCGAAAAGUUAGUGAAACCUUGUGCACUGGAAAUAGCACAAAUAGUUUUGGGACCAGAUGCACAAAAGAAGCUUCAGCAGGUACCCUUAUCAGAUGAUGUGAUUCAUUCUAGAAUUGAUGAAAUGAGCCAAGAUAUCUUACAGCAAGUUCUAGAAGAUAUCAAAGCCAGUCCUCUUAAAGUGGGCAUUCAGCUUGCUGAGACAACUGACAUGGAGGAGUGCAGUCAGCUAAUGGCAUUUGUGCGAUAUAUAAAAGAAAGAGAGAUCAUAGAAGAAUUUCUCUUCUGUGAACCAUUGCAGCUAUCCAUGAAAGGAAUAGAUGUGUUCAAUCUCUUCAGAGACUUCUUUCUGAAGCAUAAGAUAGCACUUGAUGUAUGUGGCUCUAUUUGUACUGAUGGUGCCUCCUCUAUGCUAGGAGAAAAUUCUGAGUUUGUUGCCUAUGUGAAAAAAGAGUUACCUCAUAUCGUGAUCACACAUUGUUUAUUGAACCCUCAUGCACUUGUCAUAAAGACAUUGCCUACAAAACUGAGGGAUGCUCUAUUUACUGUGGUGAGGGUAAUAAAUUUCAUCAAAGGGAGAGCUCCAAAUCAUCGCCUGUUUCAGGCUUUCUUUGAAGAAAUUGGCAUAGAAUAUAGUGUCCUCCUUUUCCAUACUGAAAUGAGGUGGCUUUCCCGAGGCCAGAUACUUACUCAUAUUUUUGAAAUGUAUGAAGAAAUAAAUCAGUUUCUUCACCACAAAAGCAGUAAUUUGGUUGAUGGCUUUGAAAAUAAAGAGUUUAAAAUUCACCUAGCAUACCUUGCAGAUUUAUUCAAACAUUUAAAUGAACUCAGUGCAUCUAUGCAAAGGACUGGGAUGAACACAGUAUCAGCUAGAGAGAAGUUAUCUGCUUUUGUUAGAAAGUUUCCAUUUUGGCAAAAACGAAUUGAGAAAAGAAAUUUUACCAAUUUUCCUUUUCUUGAAGAAAUAAUUGUUUCAGAUAAUGAAGGAAUAUUCAUUGCAGCUGAAAUAAUACUGCAUCUGCAACAAUUGAGCAACUUCUUUCAUGGCUAUUUUUCCAUUGGAGAUCUUGAUGAGGCAAGUAAAUGGAUACUGGAUCCAUUUCUUUUUAAUAUUGAUUUUGUUGAUGAUAGUUAUUUAAUGAAAAAUGAUCUUGCUGAAUUACGAGCUAGUGGCCAAAUCCUAAUGGAAUUUGAGACAAUGAAGCUUGAGGAUUUCUGGUGUGCUCAAUUCACAGUGUUUCCAAACCUGGCAAAGACAGCUCUAGAAAUCCUUUUGCCAUUUGCAACUACAUACCUUUGUGAGUUGGGAUUUUCAUCACUUUUACAUUUCAAAACGAAGUCCAGAAGCAGCUUUAAUCUGAGUGAUGAUAUCCGUGUGGCUAUUUCAAAAAAAGUUCCUCGUUUUUCAGACAUCAUUGAACAAAAGCAGCAGCUACAGCAGAAGUCAAUGUAAGCUGACAUACUUUUUAAAUGUGUAAUUUUAAUCAAUAUCAUAAAAUUAAGCUGUAAUUCUGUUUCUUUCCAUUCAUAUUUAUGAUACACUGAAUUCUAUGUUUGAAAAAAUUUAAUGACUUUAACUUUGAAUGAGGCAUGUGAAAGUGUGUUUUGAGAGUAAAAACACAAACAGCAGAAAAGAUGAAGUACUACUGCCUAGUUGCUAUCAUGAGAUUUUCCUAAUUCUGAGUUGCUGUUUAACCUGUUUAUGAGGUAUGUAAAAAAGAUACCUAAGCACUAGAAUAUCCAGUUAAAUGGUACAAUAGGCCAGGAAUUGAGCCAGGAGAAAAGAGAAGACUUCCCAGAAGUCAAAAAGGCAAAAUGACAGAUUGAGUUCACCCAUCUUUGUUAUGAAGAAGCUAAUGAAAUCAGAAGAGAAUUAUGAAAUAUAAUGGGAAAAGGAAUGAUCUGGCUUGUAUAAGAGUUUUUUUAAUAUACUCUUUGGAGUUAGUCUCACAAUGUCCAUUCCUAUAGCUCCUGUGUUAUGAAUAUUAAUAAAUAGCCAAAUAUAUUAGU